UGUUGUCUUUUGCACUUUGCAUCCGCUGGCUUGUAGAGCCACACGGUAGUUUAUUUCAAUGCUGUGGGAUCCCUGCAACACAGAGUUAAAAAAUGGACAAAGAUUGGGCUCUGGCUUUGAUCCUGCAGCUGCUUCUUUGUCACAAAGGCAGCACAGACCUGCAGACCUCUUGUCCGUACAAAUGUCAGUGUUUCACUCCGGCUCAAGUGCUGUGUGCUGAUGAACGGAUGACAGCUUUACCCAGCAAUAUGUCCAGGCAGGUCAAGGAGUUGAUUAUAAUGACAUCAGCUGUAGCGUAUCUGUUCCCUCACACUUUAGAGGAGAGCCCCCAACUCACCAAGCUCAUCUUUUUAAAUAAUGCACUGAGGAGUAUUCACCGUCAGGCUUUUGACAAUCUGACUGAGUUGCAGGAGCUGGACAUCAGCGGGAACCCCUGGCUGGAGAAUUUAUUUCUGGGCACUUUUUCAAAGCAAGGAAACUUGACGAAACUGCAGCUAAACUUCAACAGAUUCAAGACAGUCCUCCCUGGUAUGUUUGACUCCUUGAAACAGUUAGAAACUCUGGAAAUGAAGAGCAACAUUAUAUCGGAUCUGCCUCAAUUUCUUUUCCUGAACCUUCACGAGCUGCGUUCCCUGGAUUUGUCCCAAAAUAAGCUUGAAGAAGUGAACAGGGAGACUUUUUCUGGUCUGGGGAAGCUGGAAAUCCUGAAACUGAACCACAACCUCAUUAGCAAUCUUACAUCUGACACAUUCCACAAUGUUUCUGAGCUGAGAGAGCUUCACCUUCAGUGGAACAAGAUAUCACACCUUCAUGACAGCGUCUUCUCUGCGUUAACAGAACUGAAGGUGCUGAAUCUCCGUGGGAAUCUUCUUACAACCUUCAGCGAUCAAGUGUUCGGAUUCAAUAACUCAACUUUAUUGGAGCUGAACCUAAAAGGCAACAGACUGACUGAACUGUCCUCUCUAAGCAGAUUGACCUCACUUACUGACCUCAUCUUGUCUUCUAACCUGCUCUCCAACCUUCCUGAACACAUUUUUAGAAAUGUUACCGUCUUAGAGAACCUGGAUCUGUCCGAAAACCAGCUCACAAUGCUGCCCGAAACUAUCUUUAAUGAUUUAUUUAGCAUCAAAGCGAUCCACCUCCACAACAACAACCUGAGCAAAGUGGACGCCAAACUGUUUGAGGACCAGGUGCUCAUUCAGCAGCUCUAUCUGUCCAACAACCAGCUGGAAACUCUCCCACUGGGCCUUUUAGACCCGUUUGUCAUCCAGCAUACUGUGAGGCUGCAUGGAAACCCCUGGAAAUGUGACUGCCACAUGUGGUACCUGCAUGACUGGGUGCUGAGAAACAGCCAAGACGUAGAGAUGCUGGACAGGAUGCUGUGCGAGAGCCCCAUUUUUUUAAAAAAACAGACAGUCGUCUCCAUCGACAGGGACCAGCUGGUGUGUCAGGUGUCUAAAGACGAGGCGCCUGAUCUCAGCGCCUGCAGCCUCCAAGCAUCUAAUGGCACCAUGAUUAUUAAGUGUAAAGUUAACAAAUGUUCUCCGCUGACAGUCAAAGUACAGUUUCAGGAGGAUAACGGCCGUAUCAAGGAGCAUAUUUUAAAAAAGGAACCUGAACAUUCUCAAUGUAGCAAUAAGACUGUGAUUGGAAGUCCCAUUGAGUAGUUUUCUUGCUUUGAAAGACUUUGUUCUGUGUGCAAAUUCACAUCAUAUGUUCUGACUGUCAGAGUCAAUACUGUAAACAAACCUCCAACUCAUGAGCUGAUAACCAGGAAACAUGAAUGACGCUGAAUGAUAAGAGGGGUGGAUGAACCUUUUUUUUUUUUUUUUGUACAAGUUCAAAGUUCAGGGCACUAUUUUUUAAGAACCUGCUAACAGGAACAAUGAGUAAGAUGUUAAUAAUCUGCUAACAUGUAUUCUGAAAGUUGUUCAAGUUCCAGUAGAUGUCUCUGGUUCUCUUCUGUACAUGAACAGGCAACACCUGACUCUCUUCAGACAAACCCAGAACUGUAAUUUUAAUAGAUAUUUGGGGAAAUGCUCCAAAUUUUGCCCUCCAUUUGUUGACAUAAUAAACAUUCGAAAAUGUGUUGUGCUACAGCAAGCAUUGUGCACUAUAAUAUGAAAAACACAUUCCAAAUGUAAUCAUAAUUAAACUUAUCAUUAUUAAGACUGGUCCUACUAUUAACGUGUACAGUUCUGUGUGUGGUUUGUCCAGUUGGUGUUGCCAUACCCCAUCAGAAGCUGCAUUUCAUUAUUUUGAGAUAUAUUAAAAAGUGAAAAACUAGAAUGUAAUAUACAGUUGUGCUCAUAAGUGUACAUACCCUGGCAGAAUUUAUGAUUCCUUGGUCAUUUUUCAGAGAAUAUGAAUGAUAACACAGAAACUUUUCUUUCAUGCAUGAUAAGUGGUUGGGUGAAGCCAUUUAUUAUCAAACAACUGUAUUUACUCUUUUUAAAUCAUAUUGACAACAGAAACUACUCAAAUGACUGAUCAAAAGUUUACUUACCCCAGUUCUUAAUACUGUGUAUUCCCUCCUUUAACAUCAAUGACAGCUUGAAGUCUUUUGUGGUAGUUGUAGAUGAGGGUCUUUAUUUUGUCAGAUGGUAAAGCUGCCCAUUCUUCUUGUCAAAAAGCCUCCAGCUCCUGUAAAUUCUUGGGCUGCCUUGCAUGAACUGCACGUUUGAGAUCUCCCCAGAGUGGCUCAAUGAUAUUGAGGUCAGGAGACUGAGAUGGCCACUCCAGAACCUUUACUUUAUUCUGUUGUAGCCACUGACAGGUAGACUUGGCCUUGUGCUUUGGAUCGUUGUCAUGUUGGAACGUCCAAGUAUGUCCCAUGUGCAGCUUCCAGGCUGAUGAGUGCAAGUUUUCCUCCAGUAUUUUCUGAUAACAUGCUGCAUUCAUCUUGUUUCCUGUGCCUCUGUAGCUCACACAUCCCCAAAACAUCAGCGAUCCACCUCCGUGUUUCACAGUAGGGAUUGUGUACUUCUCAUUAUAGGCCUUGUUUACUCCUCUCCAAAUGUAGCGUUUAUGGUUGUGGCCAGAAAGUUCAAUUUUGGUCUCAUCACUCCAAAUGACUUUGUUCCAGAAGUUUUGAGGCUUGUCUCUGUGCUGUUUGGCAUAUUGUAAGCGGGAUGCUUUAUGGCAUUUGCGUAGUAACGGCUUUCUUCUGGCGACUCGACCAUGGAGCCCAUUUCUGUUCAAGUGCCUCCUUAUUGUGCAUCUUGAAACAGCCACAACAGUUUUUUUCAGAGACUCCUGUAUUUCAGCUGAAGUUAUUUGUGGGUUUUUCCUUUGUAUCCCGAGCAAUUUUUCUGGCAUCUGUGGCUGAAAUUUUUGUUGGUCUACCUGACCGUGGUUUGGUUUCAACAGAACCCCUCAGUUUCCACUUCUUAAUUAAUGUUUGAACACUGCUGAUAGGCAUUUUCAGAUCCUUGGAUAUCUUUUUAUAUCCCUUUCCUGUUUUAUACAGUUCAAUUACCUUUUCCCGCAGAUCCUUUGACAAUUCUUUUGCUUUCCCCAUGAUUUAGAAGCCAGAAACGUCAGUGCAGCACUGGAUGAAAGAUGAAGGGCCUGUCAAGAGCCCAGAAACUCACUGACCUUUUAUACACACACACUGAUUACAAGCAAAUAGAUCACAGGUGAGGAUGGUUACCUUUAGUAGCCAAUCAAACCCGUUUGUGUCAACUUGUGUGCCUGUUAUCAGGCCAAACCUCCAGGGUAUGUAAACUUUUGAUCAGGGCCAUUUGGGUACUUUCUAUUGUCAUUAUAAUUUAAAAAGAAUAAACACAGUUGUUUGAUAAUAAAAAAAAAACUAUAGCACAACAUUAACCAUGAGUGAAAGAAAUGUUUUUGUGUUAUCAUUCAUAUUCUCUGAAAAAUGGCCAAGAAAUCAUAAAUUCUGCCAGGAUAUGUAAACUUAUGAGCACAACUGCAAGUGGGCAUCAUGGAUUGUGAUCAUUUUUGGAAAGUAAUGUGAAAAUUAUUAUUAUUAUUAAAUUGGUUAUGGUCUUCUAUUGCUA